AUGUCAGUAGGAGGUGGAAAUGUUCGUCUAAACGAAAACCGUUCCUAUGCUGAUUUACCGAAACCCGAAAUCGCCUUUUGCUAUGGCAUUUGGAUAUCGCAUUCAGUCGCUGCGUUCCUCAUUUGCUAUAAUUUAACAAAGCAGUUAUUUUAUUUUAUGAAGCAGUGGACUGUGCCCAGCAGUUAUAUGGACGGAUAUUUCAUGGAUUUGUCCGAUAUCGAAUGGCUAUUGUAUCGAUCAUCGUUUCAAAAAAUGUUUGCUGUUUACUUUUUACAUUCAAUAGCAUCAAUAGCUUAUGUUAAUGGCAAAUUAUUUUAUUUGAAAUAUGUGAUUAUAUUUGGUAUACCAUCAUGGUUUGCGACUAUUGACGGAAUGGAACCGCCCGAGCCACCAAUUUGUAUAUCUCGAAUUACAUUAUACUCAAAAAUGUGGAGGUCCUUUGACCGAGGCCUCUACGAAUUCCUCAAAAAUCAAGUGUACAAGCCAAUAAUGUAUAGUUCAAUGAUAAAAAGCGAUAAUUUGAAGAAAUUCUUUGCAACAAUAUUUGUAUUUAUGUUCGUAUUAGCAUGGCAUGGUACAACAGCAAAUUAUAUUUAUUGGGUUUUAUUAAGUAGUUUUGAACUUUUCAUUGAAAACAUUGGUGCAUUUAUAAGAAAUACCUAUGUUUGGAAUAAUUUUGCUAAAUUUAUUGGCGAAAAGAAUGAGCGACGUAUUAUAUCAAUCGCAUUAAUUCUAACUGUUCUACCUGGUAUCUUUGGAGUAUUCUUCUUUCUCGGACGCAACGCUGUUCCUGAAAUGAUUUUUCAACGAUUAAUUAUUAAUGCGUUAUAUGAAAUUUUCCAUCUAAAAGUUUCCUAUUCAUCGGACGGUUUUGUAUUUUUACAUUUAAUGCUGUUGGUAAAGUUUCUCGAAUUUGUGAAGCCAUUCUGCGGACUCGUUCCUGAGGUGUCGAAGCCGGAACGUAAGAUUCAGUUUCGCGAAAAAAUGCUAUGGACAGCAAUUACUUUAUUCGUAUUUCUUGUUUGCUGUCAAAUUCCUCUUUUUGGUAUAAUGUCAACAGACAGUGCCGAUCCGUUCUACUGGUUACGAGUUAUCCUUGCUUCAAAUCGAGGAACAUUAAUGGAACUGGGCAUUUCACCUAUUGUAACAUCUGGUCUUAUUAUGCAAUUACUUGCGGGUGCAAAAAUCAUUGAAGUGGGGGAUACACCAAAAGAAAGAGCUCUUUUCAAUGGCGCACAGAAAUUAUUUGGUAUGGUAAUUACUGUCGGACAGGCAAUAGUAUAUGUUGCUUCGGGAUUGUACGGUGAUCCGGCUGAGAUCGGUGCUGGUAUUUGUCUUUUAAUUGUUAUUCAGCUUGUAGUUGCAGGUCUUAUCGUCCUUCUUUUGGAUGAACUUCUUCAGAAAGGUUAUGGUUUGGGAUCUGGAAUUUCGCUAUUCAUUGCAACAAAUAUUUGCGAAACAAUCGUUUGGAAAGCAUUUUCUCCAGCAACAUUGAAUACAGGCCGGGGAACGGAAUUCGAGGGAGCGAUUAUCGCUCUGUUCCAUUUAUUAGCCACACGCAAUGAUAAAAUUCGUGCACUUCGAGAGGCAUUUUAUCGGCCAAAUUUACCCAAUUUAAUGAAUCUCAUGGCAACUGUUCUCGUUUUCGCUGUUGUUAUUUAUUUCCAAGGAUUUCGAGUAGAUUUACCGAUUAAAAGUUCUCGUUAUCGUGGCCAGUACAGUUCUUACCCCAUAAAACUUUUCUACACCUCAAAUAUUCCCAUUAUUCUCCAGUCUGCUCUUGUUUCGAAUUUAUAUGUGAUCUCUCAGAUGUUGGCUGCUAAAUUCGGUGGUAAUAUAUUGGUUAAUCUUCUUGGAACAUGGUCUGAUGCCGGAGGGUAUAGAAGUUACCCAACAGGUGGAAUCUGUUAUUACCUCUCGCCCCCAGAAACUCUAGCGCAUGUUAUAGAAGAUCCUUUCCACUGUAUAAUCUAUAUUGUUUUUAUGCUUGGUUCGUGCGCAUUUUUCUCAAAAACAUGGAUUGAUGUAUCCGGGAGCAGUGCAAAAGACGUGGCGAAACAGCUAACUGAACAACAAAUGGUCAUGAGGGGUCACAGAGAAAAAUCAAUGAUCCAUGAACUUAACCGCUAUAUACCUACAGCUGCUGCAUUUGGCGGCUUGUGUAUUGGUGCCCUUUCUGUCACGGCGGAUUUUUUGGGUGCUAUUGGAAGUGGUACGGGUAUUUUACUGGCAGUUACCAUCAUUUACCAAUAUUUUGAAAUAUUCGUGAAAGAACAGCAAGAAGCAGGUGGUGUUGCGGGAAUAGGAAAAAACUUGGAGCCUAAAUCAGAAGAGCAGCCUUUGCCGAAAAGCUUUCUCGAUUUCCAGAAUUUAACUAAAACUUGCGAGAAUCUGAAAUCAAAAUGCAAGCGAAGGAAGAAUGUUUUAAUAGAUGCGGUAAGGAAAGCUGGUUUUCAGUUUCGUUAUCAUGAAAGUACGAAAAAUUUGAUAAAUAGAAUUGAGGCGAUAACUCGCAGAGAUGUUAGAGAACUAAAAAUGCUGGCUAAAUUUGAUGCAAUCGGUCAAAAUAUGUAUGAAUUCAAAAAUGAAAACAAAGUGGAUGAAUCUACAAAAAACGAUAAGCUGGAAGCUGGCGGUUCUGUGGAAUCUCGGAGUUCAAAAACUAAACCUCAUCGCAAGAAAAGAAAAUCUCGUGCUCCUGACGAAGAAGAUUUGAUAUUAUAUGCUAAAGAAGUAAUACCUUUUGGAAGUCGAGUGGAUGCACCUCCCAUUUUAUCUUCAUUUCCUCGGAAAGGAAAUAUAUUUAGGUCAUCCCAAAAACGCAGUGAUUCGUCCAAAGACGACGGCGUAAAAGUACAAAAGUAUGGUAGUCUCAAACGUAAGGAAGAACUGAAUAUUGAACGAAAUCGUGUCAUUGAGGAAUAUCGGAAAUUAAAGAAGCGUUGA